UUCCAUAGUUUAGGGGGGCACGGUUCCCCUUUGUCAUAGGCGUUAGGGCACUUAUAAUAAUAUAGUUCUCGUGUGGAAUAGUCUUUUUUGGCCAAUAGUUUUGAAUUAUUAAAGUUUAUUUUGGAAGGCGGUGAAGGGUAACUAGAGUCUAUCUGUGGAUAGUUCCUGAAGUAUACAAUUGAAACAAUUAAGUUAGAUUCGAUGCGAUGCUAGAAUCUAACGGGAAGAAAUAGAUUGAAAAAUUAUGUUAUCCCAUUUCCAGAUCGUGUUUAUCACGUCUCUUCACUACAUGAGCCACUAGCCUGUUAAUAACAUAUUAUUAUGUUCCAAAACUGGUACACAUUGAAAAAGUUAUUCGCAGAGCUUGGACUUAGAUUUAACUUACGACAAAAUCAUUUCUUUUUUAUUGGAAAUAGAAUUUUUUAUAUAGUUUUUUUUUUAUUAUACUAUUCAAUGAGUUAUUUUUUAUUAUACUAUUCAAUGCGCAGAUUUUUAUAUUGAUAAUUAAAUUCUGAUAAAUUAUUAAUUAUAAUUAUAAUUGAAAAAGGAUGGUGUUUGCGGUGUCUUCAGAGUUUGCGGGACCAGAGGCGGUGUGAGGAUCAUCGCAAUACUAGAUCUUAUCGGACUAAAUCUCGAUUCUCUGCAAAAAAAACUAGGAAAGUCUCGGCAAAAUGAGGCUUACUUGCCUCGUGUUAUACUUCAACUUCCUGGUUGCCGUAGCGACAUCAAGCGAACAAUCGUUCUGUCCAGCGUCCAUCCAUUCAGUAGGCGCCGCCAUCACACAAGUUGGUCUUGUCUUGCGGAGCCGGCAUGCCAAGAAGCGUCUUCAGGCUCAAAGUCAGAUAUCAUGCAGUCAGCGGUGUCUGCAGCAAGACUGGUGCAUAUCGGUGAACUUCGAAGUGUCUCGACCGGAAGCAGGGGCCUGCGAGUUAAACACAUACGGAGUCGAGACGUUGGACGACGCAAAUCCAAACAAUCCAGAGUUCAAAGCGAAAAAAGGAUGGAUAUACUCACAGUUAAGGUCCGCUGAGUUCACACUAAGCCUACAAGCCUGUAAAUAUGGUUCGUUUACAUGUUCAAACGGAGGCACAUGUGAAGUUGAUUGCAAAACCCUUCGGCCAAGAUGUCAUUGCCUUGCUGGCUUUUCUGGAGACAAGUGUGAAAAUAUUGAUGAAUGCGCUAGCGGUCCCUGUCAGAACGGAGCUACAUGCAAUGACGACGUCAACAAGUACACGUGCUCGUGCAUUCCCGGGUUCACCGGCACAAACUGCGAGACGAGUUGUGGCCUCGCAGAAAUUGGAGUCCAGAACAGAAGUAUCAUCCCAGACGAAAGCUUUUCCGCUCCGACAUACAUGCAGGGCUUUGAACCAAAGAACGCUCGACUAAACGGAGGCCAAUAUUGGGUUCCAAAAAGCACAUCUAAUCCAGGUUACCUCCAGGUUGAUUUGCUGUCGUUGUACAUGAUUUGUGCCGUGGCAACACAAGGAGGGACCCUCCCGGAGUAUGAUACAAGAACCACAAUAUACAAGCUUUCCUUCUCAAAAUCGGGAUCUUUCUGGGAUAUCUACCACGAAAGUGGUACAGAGAAGGAGUUUCAUGGAAACUAUGACAAGCCAACAGUGGUGAAGAAUGCCUUGGUAAACAGGCCAACCGCCCGAUACAUCAGAUUCAUACCAACAGCGUGGGUCUAUUGGCCUGGUUUUCGCGUUGAAGUUUUCGGAAUUCGUCAAUGAAAAUAGCGAAUUAUAUUUUUUGACGUUUCGACAAUGGUGCCUUCAACAUGAAUCAGAACCCCCCCCCCCCCCUCAUGCCUUCAUUAUGAAUCAGAACCCCCCCCCCCCUCAAUAUUUUCCCUCCCGAAACGUCGAUAAAAUAGAAUCCGGUGAUUUAAGUAAUCUUAUAUAUAAUAAGCAUAAGAAAAUCACUGCACGGGACCAACAACACUACUUAAAAAUACAUACUACUUGUAAAUACGCUGCUAUCAUAAGUAAAUUAUAUUACCUGAUUAUUAACAAUUAUUGGACGAGGUUGAGUGUUAUCCCGAGUAAUCAAUGCCGAUACAAGUCAGGCCAGGCCGAGAUACAAGUCCGAGAUUGGAUCCACCUGGCGAGACAUUGUUUAUUCCGGAUAUCACAGAAACCGAAAAACUUUCGCGAGAACAAAAUCUAUUUACGAUUUACAUAAAAGCAAAGAGAAGCCAUUUAAGUCCUCCCCACUUCUUAAAAUCGAAUCUUUGGGCCCUAGACUAAUCUUCUAGAUGAUUAUUCACUCCCUUAUUGCAUGAUCCUCAAAACAAACCAUGCGCUCCCACCAUUUUUUUUUCUAAAAUUACAAGGAAAUGAUAAGUAGGGACGUGUUUUUAAUGUCCCUUGUGACGUGCCCCACCUGUUCGGUUAUGGCUAGAUGAAAUUCAUUUCAUUAUUUCGGUGUUGAUAGUGCGAGAAGGUAACGAAUGUUAUCAUUCUAUUGUUUUAGGCAGGACGAGCAUUUAGAAUUGCAUUACUUGUAUGUAUAAAUAUCACCCAAUAUAAUAUCUUUAUUAUUAUUAUUUUUUUUGUACAAGCAUUAAUAUACACUCACCUCCCUCUUAGAGUGGGAGCCAUGAUCGAAAAGUUUGUUUGCUUAGGUUUAGUAGUUUUUCUUUAUGCUAUUAUAUAAUUGUUUUCAUCGGUUAGUAUUGUGAUACAUUAGGAGAGGGCUAUAAUAGCUUGUACGGUUAUUGUGCUAGCGUCGUGAAAUAAAGUUCAUUGUAUAUUUUAUCUGUAUUAUAUUGCUGCCAAGCGAGAACAUCGAAAUUAAGGAGCACUUUUCUGUGAGAAAUUCGACUAAUAUUAUUCUAGAAAUAAUGCGUCCUGAAUUAAAAAUGUUACUUUGAUGCAUAAUUAGGUUAUUCGGUUACAGCAGCUCUGAGGCAUGCUUUCAAAAAGCCAAUGCGUUAAUAAAGCAUUUUUUAUAGUCACGUCAGUGUAUUUACUUAUCUAGUUGAAAUGAAAUAAAAUGAUCUUUGAUGACUAAAA